UUGAAAUUAUUCUCGGCGACAUCUGUGGUAAAUAAAAUGUGUAUUCAUAACUUCAAAAUCAUAACUACAAAUGACGCGUUCGGCCAAGCGUACGUGUGACAACUUUACAACAUACCUUUUCGAAUUUUCCCAACUGUAUUGCAUUUUUCAAACUUUUUAUGGUUCGGCUCUGCAUAAUUUUUUAAGUUUUUGAAGUAAAACAAUGAAAAAAUGUUGUUAUAUUUUCGAGGUGCUACCUCGGACAAUUUCCACGCAAUUUGUUUAUAAUAAUUGAAAUUUGCUGUCGAUAAUUUUUAAUUUCGAGGUUCGACCAGCCCGGAACUUGUUUUUGCAGUUUGAUUUCGUAUAAUUCGAGAAGCAAAAGUUUUAGUGUGAAAUUCGAUUGCAUGCAAUUUUUUAUGCUACGUGGUCUUGAGACUUUUCACUUUGACGUGCGAUUUGAAAAUAAUGAAUUGUUACGUCUGGUCGUAUCUUUACAUUACUGUGUAUGGUGAUUUACAAUUCAGAGCUGUUAUUUAUUCAAGUUUUAUUUUGCUUUCAACUUCGUUUUAUUUCUUAUCGCUUGUUAUUGUUUCUCUGCUUCCGCUUACCAGCGCCUCGUUUUUACAAUUUGAACACCCGAUGUUCGUGUCGUUAAAUUUUCGUUCGUGAAUUCAUAUCGUUUACGUGUUUGAUUGAAAGUGGAUGUUUGCAAGAAAAAUCUAGGCGUGUUUAAAUACAAAAAUUCUUUGUGUCGCGGAAAAUUGUGUCGAAUUGGCGCUUAAAUUAUGUGAAAACAAUGAUUAAAGAUAAAUUUGUCACUGUUUAUGGGAACAAAUAUAUACAAAACUUAUGAAACAAUGAAAAAGUUGACAGCUGUAUUUUCAUCAAUAUAUUUAUAAAACGAAAACGCAGUGUCUGAACUUAGUUACAACGAAUGAUUUAUCAAAGCAGACUGAAGAAUCCAAUAAAGAGUUGCAAACAAAAUAAAAAUAAAGCUAAAGAAUUGUAGUAGUGAUAAAAGUGAAUUUAAAACGCACUUUGGACCGUAUAACUACAAGAAGCAGAGAAAAAUCUUUGGUCUUGCAUACAUACUUUAAGUGCAUAUUGCAAAAUAUCACGCCCACUAACCGAAUCGUUAAUAGUGCAUUGUGAACUAAUUAAAAAAAAUGUCUGUUCAACGUGGCAAUGCGAAUGCACCUGCAAAGGAUAUAGAGAAGUUUAUAAAGUUUCUAGCAAUAAAAUCGACACAAGUUGUCGUUCAGUCGCGAUUAGGGGAAAAGAUACAGACCCAGUGUAAAGCCAAAGCCAGUGGCAGUGAUUGGUUCAAUGUAGUUAUUAGUGAUCAUCCUGAUAUUUAUGCUGAGACAAAGUUGGCGUUGGCAUUAGAACCGGGGCAGAGUAUCCUAAGUCGUUUGCCAUUAUGUGUGGAAAUUUCGCUCCGCACGGUUGAAGGAGACCAAAUGGUGCUAGAAGUGUGGAUGUUGGAUAUACACUUACCAGGCUGUAAUAAAAACUGUAAACAUCAUUUUAGUGACGGUAAAAAUGCAGACAAUGGUAAAUGUGGGUUUUCAGAUCAGCAAACAUUGAAAGCAGCCCACGCUAUCUACAACCGCAUGGGUACUUUACUAAAAUCGCUAAUCUCCUUAACACGAUCUACACCUGGUUAUAAAUUAUCACGACGUCAGUGCCCAGAAGCAUUUGGAAUUUAUUAUCGUAUAUACGUAGAUCGUCCGCAGUUGCAUACUUUGGGUGAGGGAAGCAAAAAUGUAAAAAUUGGUAAUCUAAGCACAAUACUGGGCACCUUAUGCAUGACAGUUUCCUAUCGUACCAAAAUGACAAUUACACCAACCACAGCAGAUGGACAUAACACUGAAACAAAUCCAAUUAUGCUUAAGUCUGAUCAUUUUCGACGUGGAGACUCUUCGCCUACACAAAAUUUGUCAAUAAAUGGCUUGAAAAAAGCGACAGGCGAAAAACGCCCAGUAGAUAUUGAAAAACCUUUGCGGCCAGGUGCUUUCACCGAUACUGGAAAGCUACGCCAAUGGACAGAAAAGGAUUAUGUCUUGCCUGAAACUCCACCAUUCGAAUGGCUUUUGCAUCGUUCGCGACAUGAAAGCGGUGGCUCGGUAGGGUCAAUAGAAUCGUUAAGUAGAAAGAGUGAUAGCAGUGCAACUGCACCAAAUUCUUGCAAAAUACAAGAGCAAGGCAUACAAAAUAACAACGUCGGCACGGGUAGUAAUAAUGUUAACGCUAAUAAGAAAGUGAUAAAUAACAAUGUGUUGGCAUUUAAGAGUUUUGAGAAUGAGCAAAAUGGUAUACAAGCGAAAUCUCCUACUGACAGUUCAGUGUUCUCACAGUCGCCAAUUAAAAGUCUUCUUAUACCCGCUCCAACACUACCGAUGACACGAACCAAUGCCUCGAAACAUCGGCCCGAAGAUGAAAAAUUGCUUAAAGCGAUAAAGUUUCCAUUUGCCUUUCCUGAUUCACGUGUUAACGAUUUAGCGCAGUUUUAUCGUGAUUGUUAUCAUGCCCCACCACUACUUGGACUGGAUGAAACGCAGCCGGAAACCGCUGUAGAGCAACUAGAAGAAUUUGAAACAUCCUUAGAAGACUACGAUGAAUUAGUUUCGCAAUUAGGAUUAAGUACGUCAUCUUCGACAGGUAGCCGGAGUAGUGGCGGACUGCAAAUGAGUAACUAAUACCAAGGGAAUGUUGUAGCAGAUCAAUGGAUAUUAGUAUAAGCGGAUAAGUAGGUAGAUAGAUGAAAAGUAUAAGCACGAAAGCCGAUGAACUAUUAACUAGCAUAAUAAGCAAAUUAUUUGACUUGCAUUUUUUGUAAUUUGCAUUAUUUAUUAUAUUAUAUUAAUGCUUAAUUAUACUAUAAGUAUGUACAUAUAUAAUGAGACUUAUUUGUUAAGAGUUUAGAUUUUAUAUACAUACGUAUGUAAGUGCAUAAUUAUUGUUUGAUUAUAAAAAAUGUUAUGGAAACAAACAUAGUGUGCAGUGAAAGUUGUUAGCAUAUUUUUACUGUUAAAAUUUUGAUAUUUUGAUCAAAAAAAUGUUUUCUUACGAGCCAUGAAAAUUAAAAUAAAUUCAUAAAAUUUUCAAACAGUAAUAAUAUUGUCGAUAUACAUUAUCAAUUCAAUUCAUUUCUCAUUCUUUCAAACCCAAUGAUAAUAUGUAGUAACAAUAUUCUGUCUAUGUAGUUACAUAACCUGCACGCAGCAUUGUUUAGUGCCUUUUUUGAACUAAUAUUAUAUUUUGCUACAAAAAUUCAUAUAAAAAUCAUUAUGAAAAUUUAAGUGUUUUUACUUCGGAAAUAAAAGCAUAUAUAAUAUGUAAACAUAUAUAGCUACAUAUUCACAGUCAAAGAUGUUUAAAGUAAUAUAUGUAGAUUAACAAACGUAGCUCAGCUGUUUGCCCAAAAUCUAAUAAGGAUUAAAUAUAAUUAUUUUAUAUUAGCAUCCAAUUAAGAAUGUAUAGUAGGUUUGACGUGCUCAGAAAAAUAAAAAUUUUGAAAUAUUUUUAUAUUAACGAAGCGUUCCAGAUCUAUUUUAAAUAUUUUUCUUUUAUAAAUUUAGAACUAAAUGUACUGAGGUUCAUCUAGUUUUGUAUAAUUAAUUAUAACUUUGCAUAACGUAUGACAGUUCAAAGACCUAAAUAUAAACAAACCAUCAUA